AUGUCUGAUGAUCUUUCAAAGAGGAGAGGCAAGAGUUCCGGUGAGAAAAGGGCCAAGAAAAAGGUCAAACGUAAAGAGACGUACGCCAUGUACAUCUACAAAGUUUUGAAACAGGUUCAUCCCGACACGGGAAUUUCCAGCCGAGCCAUGAGCAUCAUGAAUUCGUUCGUCAACGACCUGUUCGAGAGAAUCGCCACCGAGGCGUCGCGUUUGGCUCAGUACAACAAACGCGCCACCAUCACCAGCCGCGAAGUGCAGACCGCCGUCCGGCUGCUGCUGCCCGGCGAGCUGGCCAAGCACGCCGUGUCCGAGGGCACCAAGGCGGUCACAAAGUACACCAGUUCCAAAUGA